AUGUCCGACUAUGAGGAAGAAGUGGAUGAAAAUCCUUUUGCGGACAUAGAUGGGUACGUUGAGGAUACAAAUGCUAUUGUACCUCCUGUUGUUGGUGCUUCAACUUUGAAAGUGGAACAUGGUUUAAUCCUAAUGCUCAAAGCAGAGGGGUUUUUCAAGAAUUCCACUGAUGAUGAUCCGACACAACAUCUCAGAAACUUCUUGGGUGUGUGUGCGAUGCAUAAGCAGAACAACGUCUCAGAUGAUGCCCUAAGGUUGAGGGUGUUCAAGUACUCCCUAACUGGGGAUGCAAGGAAGUGGCUUCAAAACAUGCCACCAAAUUUCAUUCAUUCUUGGCCUGAACUUGUCCGAGUAUUCUUAGCUAAAUGGUUCCCGCAAAGCAAGAAUUCUGAUCUUCGGGAUAAAAUUUUCUUCUUCAAGCAACUACCGGGAGAACAUCUACAUGAAGCAUGGGAUCGAUUCAAGUUAUACUUGGUGAGGUCUCCCAAUAAUGGUUUUCCGGACUCUAUCUUGUUGGAGAAAUUCUACAUGGGUUUAGAUGCUAUGAACCAAUCUAUAGCCAAGAAUGCAGCUGAUGGAUCUUUUAUGGACAAGACAUUCGCAAGGAUCACACAAAUCCUUGACAAAAUGGCACAACACAAUCAAGCUUGGCAUUCAGAGGACACCACCGGUGGAAUUGCAUACAGUUCUCCCUCCUUGACCAACAUGAUUAAGGAAAAUCAAGAGAGAGAUCAAGUAAUCGCAGGGCUUGCCACUAAUGUCAAUGUGUUGACAAAGAUGUUCACUGAAAGCCAAACGAAGAAGUGGCGAAAUGACCAAGGUAGCUCAAAUCAAGGAAAUUGGAAUAACAACAACAACAACUUCUCAAAUUGGAGUUCCAACCCUUAUGUUCCACCAAAGGGUCAAUAUCCAAAUCAAGGGUCCUCAAGUGAUUCCAUGUUGGAAAGCAUGCUUGAACGUGUAUUGCAAAAUCAAGAGAGGUCCGACACUUCUAUUAGACAUAUGACCGAGCUUGUGGGUUCUCAUACCGCAUCCAUUAAAAAAUUGGAGAUGCAAAUUAGAGACCUCUCUAGGGAACAAAAUCCAAAGCAAAAGGGAACACUUCCUAGUGACACAAUUGCGAACCCAAAGGGUAGUGGAAGUGGUCCAACUUCUCACAUCAUGGCAAUUACUACUCGGAGUGGGAAGGUACUACAAGGAGAGAGUGAACAAGUGGUUGAAGUAGAAGAGUCUGAGCAAGAGGUUGAGAUUGGAGAACCAAGGGUUGUUGAAGUUGAAAAGGUUCCGGAAGACUUGAAAGUUCAAUAA